AUGCCGAGUCUGUAUCUGUACAUCCUCGGGAUUGCCUUCGUCAUUGUCACUGUCUCAUACUUUGCUCCAAACGAAAAGCGAAGAACUUUGCUUCUGAGCAGACUUGGCCUAGACAGGCAACACAGGCUACCAUGGGCACCUCAAACAUCUUCAUCUCCAGCAAAACAAGCGCUAUCCGAGAAACCCACUCUGUCUGCUGGCAAAGAAUACAAAGACACUCUCCCUCCUUGUAGACGCCCAGCUCUGGCAGAUCUCACCGACACUCGCUUCAGCGUCGGUGGGAAAUCAGGAAAGGGCUUGAGUGAGCUACCACACGACACCACCAAAUCCCUUCCUCAUGAUACAAAUGUCUUGGCUCCGCAAUACAGGAAAUAUGCUACGCCUACUGGCUUUACUGUUGAGGAGAUCAAGGCUUUGGGAAACUUUCCGGAUUAUGCUACGUUGAGUGGUGUGCCGCUGCCUGCACCUUAUGCCAAUUUCGACAUCAAGACCGCUUUAGCUAGACCAUACCGACCUUUCCGCUGGGAGUAUCACCAAACAAUGUGUAAGUGUACACAUCUGAUUCUGACUACACAGACACUAACAACCUUCUACAGCANNUACAAGAAGCUAGAGCCAGACUGGUGGCUCGAACUCGACAAGACCUACGCCUCCCGCAUAAAACAACGUCAAGACCUGUAUGCAAAGCACGGCCCAGAAAUCAUCCAAUCCCUGCCCGGUUCCGAAAUCGCAUGCAAAGAACUCAUGGAAAUGGUUCUUCAAUUCCUGUGUUCUCGCUACCCUACCCACUUUUCCAUCGACAAGCAAAAACUAAUCUUCUACAAUAAUAUCUUGAGCACGACAACAAACCUCAGAGACAUGGAUCCGCUAGAGGUGUUGUUGAACAAUAUACCCGAGGACUUUGCUAUUGUGCUCAGAAACCCUGACACGGGGUAUUAUAGCUUCCGUGCUGGGGUGAUUUGCAGUUCGUUAGGAUGGAGUGUAGGCACAAAGAUUGGAAAAGAUCUCAAGGAUAUCCAUGCAGGGAUCCCAGACUACAAGGAGAAGAUGGAGUUUUCGAUGGAUAGCGAACAGCNNAGAUUCUUCGCCAAACUGCCCACAGACAAACCCAUCGAACGCGGUUCCUGGGGCCUAGAAAUCGGGACUCCAUUAUUCAUGCCACCCUCUUCUCCCCACUCUACCUUGCGCAACACCCAAAACCCUUCCCACAAUCUUUCCGACUGCAAUCUGCGUGUAGACUGGCAAACCCUACGUCGCCUCCCUCUUUCAGGCGGUAUAGUGUUUAACUUCAAAUGCUUGUUUACUCCUGUUGUAGAGUUGGCGAGCGAGCCUUAUGUACCAAGUUUAUUGGGUAAGGUACUCAAAGAGGGAAAGAAAGAGUUGAUGGAGUACAAGGGCACGUGGCAUACUGAGCAUAUUGUUGUUCCUGCGUUGGAAGAGAUGGAAAGAGAACAAAAAGCCAAGGGUGUUGUGGAGGAGGGAUGGGAGGUUAGGACGUUGGAUGAGUACCCUUGGUUUCCUGGGUGGGAGGAUAAGUGGCAGAAGGAGCAGGGGUUCUGA